AUGGCUUUGUCGGCGAGUUUUGCAAGCAUAAAGACAAAUUCAGAAGCUCUACCGCCAUCUUGCAUAUUGCCAUAUCACACUGGCGAUGAAGUGGACGAUCCGGACGACUUUGAAGCGCAGUUAUGGCUUGGAGGAAAAAACAUUACCGUUAUGAGUUGCACUCAGUAUGGAUGGUUGGAUCAAAAGGCAUCUGUCGCAGAUUUGGAGCUCGUUUAUGUCUCACGAUUCCAGAUGAUCGAAACCGCCUUCAGGACGCGGUUUACUAGUAGAGUGAGGGACACCAUUUGGUCAUGUGAUGAGAAUGGUGAAGUCACCGUUUUUGCCACGUCUCUGCACGAAUUAGGAAGACUGAAGCUGCCAUCGCUUGGUGCUCCCAUUGUAAGUGGUGUCGAUGAUGUCUAUUUCUCUCUCACUAUGUAUAGUUAUAUGAUCCGUGCUCCGGAAAUGAUAGGAACUGAUAUUUUGCUGCUUGUUACCGAGCGCCAACUCAUACUUCUUCGUAUUAGCGAAACAAAUUCAGUUGGUUUGUUGGCAAGUCUCGAAAGUCCAUAUUCGAUCAAGACCGCUUCCGUAGUUGUUCAGGCUGCUAGCAGGCAAAUCUGGACUGGCCAUUCAGAAGGCCGUAUAUCAAUCCACCAUCUGAGUCAAGAAGACAAGUUUUCGUUCUCAUCGUCGCUGUAUCUGCCGGAUGAUAGCGUGACCGUCAAAGAUAUCGUAACGAGUCGAGACGGCGUUAAUGUAUGGAUCACGUAUGAAGGAGGUGAGGUGUCGUGA